AUGAUUUCCUUUCCGGCCCGGCCUACUGCGCUGCGCUUCUCUCAGCCAACGGUUCCUCACCUCGCCAUCUCAGACGGUCAGUCCUGGGCCCGGUUUCGUCUCCGUCUCCCUCACGCCGUGCUAGGGGGCCGCCAUUGCGAUUCGGGACGGUCAGCUGCCCCCUCCCCUCCUCCAUCGGGCGCCAUGCGGGCUUCUGCUCUGGGCAUGUCGGGUGGGUUCUCCUGCCUCUGGCGGAACGCCGCCCACCCCGUCAUUAUUGUGCUCCCCGACGCAUACCGUCGCUUAUGUUGCUUCCUCUUGCCUUUGACCGGCCAGAAUGGUGUGCCUUUGCCACCUGACGCUAUCGCCUUGGAUGCCGUUGCUCAGGUGUGGUUGACUGCCUGGGCUGUUGAUGUGUUCACGGUGUAUGCCCUGAGUGCCUCUGCCUCCGUCGACGAGCCGCUGUCGUCUCGGGGAAAAGAGUACGCGAGCCCGUUCUUGUGCCGUCAACUUGGACUCUGGGAUCUCCCGCAACGCCAGCGGGCCAUGCGCCUCCAGGCUAGCCUCCCGCUUCCUCCUCUGCUUCACAUCUUGGAUUCUUUGACAGUCUCAAACAACUUUACCGGUUUCACGCCCCAAGUAAACGAAGCCAACCGCAACUAG